CGGCAUUGAACAGCAUUAACAGCAUAGCAAUCGCAUUUCAAAAUGUCGUUCAAAGUCUUCAAAGGAUCCGAGAAGGGGGUCAUCGAAUCCACCACCAAGAAACCCGCCCUCGAGGGGGACAGGGUGCUCGUCAAAGUCUCCCACUCAGGUGUCUGCGGCACCGACCUCCACUACAAGGCCGCCGACAUGGUGCUUGGGCACGAGGGUGUGGGAUACGUUGAGGAAGUCGGGCCGGAUGUCAAGGACCUGAAGAAGGGCGACCGGGUCGGCUGGGGCUACGAGCACGACUGCUGCGGUCGCUGCAAGCACUGUCUGUCUGGCUUCGAGACCUUCUGCCCCGAGCGCGCAAUGUACGGUUUUGCAGACCUGGAUCAGGGCUCGUUCGCCAGCCAUGCGGUCUGGCGCGAAGCGUUCCUGUUCAAGCUCCCGGACGGGCUCGAUAACGAGUCGGCUGCGCCCCUGAUGUGCGGCGGAUCGACCGUGUACAACGCCCUGGUGGGCGCCGAGGUCACGCCCACAGAUACCGUCGGCAUCGUGGGAAUCGGCGGGCUAGGCCAUCUAGCCAUCCAGUUCGCUGCGAAGAUGGGUUGCUACGUGAUCGUUUUCAGCGGGACCGACUCAAAGAAGGAGGAAGCCAUGAAGCUGGGCGCGAAGGAAUUUGUCGCAACAAAGGACGCCAAGGAGCUCAAGACCAGUCGCAAACUUAACAAUCUGAUCGUCACGACGAGUUUUCUGCCGGAAUGGGAACUGUUCCUGAACGUCCUCGACAACCGCGCGACCAUCAGCCCGCUGACGGUCUCAGAUAAGCCCUUUACAAUCCCCAAUCAGGAGAUGCUCGUCAAGGGACUGCGCGUGCAGGGCGGCAUCGUGGCGGCGCGCCAGGUGCACCGCGAAAUGUUGCAGUUUGCAGCUUUCCAUGGGGUAAAGCCGAUCGUGAUGCGGUAUCCGAUGAAUGAGAAAGGGAUCAACGAGUGCAUGAAGACGCUAGAGGAAGGGAAGAUGCGGUACCGGGGUGUAUUGGCGGCGGAGUAGCGGCCGCAUAGCAGCUUGACUUUUUGGUAGUGUUGACAAUUUACUAUAAUUUUUUUUC